GUUCCUCAGGCACCGUCCUACUGCUGUUCUAUUAUUAUCUAUCAACUACCCCCCGGUCACGUAUAAUACGUGCCCCAGACGUGCUAGGUAGUUUCCCUUCCCACCAUCGCGCCUCAUCUCGUGCUACUGCAGACAUCGCCAAUGUUCAGCCUCCUUCACUUCGUCCGAUAAACGACCGCCCUCGUGAACGUUCUCUGGUCAUGUCGUUUCGCAGGCAUCUAUUGCGAUCCCAGCGUGGACUCUACCUGUAUCCUCAUUCCUGCUAGUUCGCGACCCUGGCCUAUCGCGAUUUUUGUGGUCAUUCAGUGGACGUGCGGCUGCUUUCGUGUAAUUCAGGGUUUGCUAUGGCGUCUAGUUCGAGUGCUGUCGCGGGAACCCCGGGUCAGCUGCAGACAAGCAUCUGUCCGACGUGGGUCGACCUGGGGUCUCAAGGAACUGCAUCUGGAGAUGCAGAUAUCCGGUAUACGACAUCCGAUCUUCGACGCGCCCACACAGUAACACACGGCACGAACACCCGGGAUAAGCCUACUGCGAACGCCAAAACAACCCGUGAGCGGAUAGCGACCUCAUUUCUGCGUGUCAAGGACAGUCAUGAACUCUUGCGCAAGCGCUCCUUUAAGCGGGCCAAUGCCCCUCAGACUGCCGGCGAACCCCUAUCGACAACCAGAGAACCCAAUCAUUUCACGGUGGGUAAUGUUGGCCAGAACGGGGCAAUUUUUCUAAGGCCGAUUCGCAAUCCAUCAACCACAGAACCCUUCCAGGCGCCUUCCGCCCCUACCUUGAACAAAACCCGACAAGAGCAUCUACAACCGCACGCACAUACUGGACGCGACAGGGCACAGCCCUCCAGGUGGUCGAACUCGCAGCUCUCCGAACUCCGCCCAGAUCUUAUUCCGGAAGAAGGCCCCGAGGAUGACAGCUCGGUCGACACAGAAUCGGCGCAUUCUCAACAUCACCAUCUUCACCCUCGUCCCCGGAAAGCGCACUCAUUUUCCACCGUCUCCGAACAAUGGUCGGAAGUCCGUCGCCCUGAAGAGCUUCAGAUAUUCAUUGAACAAGCGGCUGGCAGACCCAAAACUGCUGAUGAACCGUUACGCCGCCCUUCGGAUAGUGCCAUUACUCCAUACCACCUGGGUUGGCCACUACCAACCCUCGACAAUGAAACCGCGCUGCUUAGCUCAGUAUACGUGAGGACAUCUCUGUCAACGGACCUGCGCGCCUCGGAUAUACCUCGAGAUUAUUGGAUUAACACUGCGGCGCCCAAUGCUUAUAUCAGGGAUCCAGUUCGACCCUCUUUCGCCGGCUCUUUCUUCUCCGGAACUGGUGCUAUUGAGAUGCCCCUGGGUCCAGCAAUCAACGAGCAGUCGACCUAUGAGCUCAAGGAGCCUAUUGAACCAUCCAUAUUCGAGGUCCUGGCUUCGCAAAUGGAUAAAGAAUCGGUUGUGCGCUACGUCGCUGGCACGAAAGACAUCAGCGCUGCCACCCCUGCACGAAUCGUGGCACAGAUAUCAUCGGCCUCUUUUAUGGACUACGAGCUUGUUUCGGACUUCUUUCUGACUUUCCGGUCCUACCUGGCCCCUAGCACACUUUUAGCACUGCUACUGGCUCGGCUUCGAUGGGCGAUCAAUCGGCCACAGGAUGACGGCAGAAUUAUCCGCAUCCGUACCUUUGCCGCACUCCGACAUUGGAUCCUAAAUUACUUCGUGGAUGAUUUUGUUCCUGAUUACAGCUUGCGAGCAUCCUUCUGCGAGACGAUCAACGGCAUGUAUAUCGAUGUGAAAGCCCGGCAAGGGGGAGGAUUGAGUGAUUUGAAGAUUCUCAUUGAUCUCAAAAGAUGCUGGUAUGGCAAGUGCUCUCUUUACUGGGACACCGCGGAGCAGCAUGUCGCGUUCCACAGCCCUGAAGUUGCUAUUCGUCCGGGUGGUGGUGAAGAUGAUAUGACUGUGGACGCAACUGGCGAUAAAGUCCUAGCUGUCGGGGGCCCGGACUUCAAUUUGGGAGUCGGCCUUGAGCGUAGUGUCUCGCACACUGCUAGUCAUCACCAGCGGAACAAUUCAGCUACUACAUCAGGAAGUCUGCCAAUAACCACAACCAGUGAUCGCAGCAUCCAUGCAACCUCGUGUUCUCUGCCGCCCAAGUCCCCUAAACGACUUUCCUUGGUCGUCAACCCUAACAAAGCACCGCACCCUGUGCCACUUGCACCAUUGAAAUUGGUAUCGUCUCGGGAUGCAGUACCACCUUCGCCUCUCACCACCCGUCGUCUUCCAUAUUCGAGCCACAAGCACAAACGUAGCGGAAGCUUUUCCGACUCUGUCAGAGAUGACCGUGCACCUUUCUCGUUCCUCUCCUCGGGACAACACCCUGCUUCUACAUAUGCAGUGCUCAAUCUAGGGAGCUUGAUACGCGGAGAACUUUACCCUCCGGCGGAGUCGUACACGAUAAUGAUGGCGCCGCCAUCGCCUCCUCUGCCAUCAUCUGCUAGAGACGUUUCCCCCAAUCGACGGAACACUUUAAACACGACAAGCAAACCUAGUUCGUCUGGGUCGGGGGUCAAAACCAUUAUUGGGUCUAUUCGCCGUGCACUGAACAGUCGACAUGGCGGACCAAGCGGUUCCCGCGGCAUGCAAGGACAAACAACCCCAUCUUAUCAAGGGAGGAUAUCGGCGCUCCCGAAUAAUGUCGCAUUUGGAUCCGAUCUCUACCGUGAUAAGAAGGCGACUACGGCGACUAAACGGCGGUUCAGGAUCGACACGCUGUGUGAUGAGGCCUUACGACAAUACCGUUCAGCCGUGACCGAACAAGCGAAAUCAAAGCCGGUCGUCUUGCCCCCUGGAACUUUCCAGCAUUCCACUGCGGCAGAAAAUGAGACGGAGACUCACCUCGCCACAGCUGGUUUGACUAGACUGGACAGCCAGCUGACUGCAGGUAGUGAGUCAAUCGUCAUUGUGGAUGGCACUGGCAUUGCCGUGCCAAUGAUGCCGGGAGCAUUUGGUGCAGACGCUAGUUUGGAAGAGCCUCCCCGAUUCUUGGAAGCAGAGCCCUUUUCACAAACACUAAACGCUCCAUCCUUGCAAGUACACUCUCAAAGGUCAACGCUUGCCACUGGCGAGUAUUCACUCCCCGUUUACCUCGAUGAGAGCGAGUCGGGUACAUUGAGCAGAGCGUCUAAGUUCCUCCGUCCUUCGGGUUCGAGUUCGUCGCGCAGAUCAUACUCAGUCGAACGCGGGUCGGCAUUCUGUAAACGAACCUCGCCCUCGCUGCGCCUACGUAAGUAUGCGUCAUUCCAAAGUGGGAUCUCCAAGCUGCGCCUCACAUUGGGUAGCGAGCCCACUGUCGCCGUUUCUGCUCAAUAUUCGCGGCAAGAAUUGGAUAGACCGGCAGGCCCGACGCUCCGCAGGCGCCCCGGUGGAGACCUUCGCCAAAUGCGAAAUGAAAGUUGUCCUCAAUCUCGAGUGCACUCGCAAUCGAUGCUGUCUGAUGUGACCCAUCGCACUUCUGGUGCGGACAGUUUCGAUACCCGGCUUGAAAACCCUGGCUCUCGACCUCAAACAAGUCUUAUCCCACCAAAUCCGCGAUAUUCUUUGAUAACAACGCACUCGUCUCAAAACAUGCGGCGCUCAUUUGAAGCAGCCAUUGCUCAAUUUGCACAAAUCCCGGAUGAUGGUGACGGAGGUGUGGAAUCAGCGCUGCUAAAGCUGGAGGGCAAGUGGCAAGGUCAACCAGCCUCGGAUCAAGAAACUGCCUCCAAUGAAGCAGAACAUUGGUCUCAAGGUCAUAGCUUGAAUAGUUUCUGUGAAGAGGAUCAAUGUUAUCGACAUCAAGCCGCGCACCAUCAACCCGGACCGGCGACUACUGUCCGACGGCACGAGACAUUCCUUGGUGAUAGCUUGACCUAUUCACAGAUACAGGGACGUCUUCUUCACCAUCGGUCCUAUUCCCAUUCGGUAACAGAAACAGAGAACUCUAACAACUUAAUCCCAUUGCUUGAGCGAGGGCUGAGUGACGAUUCAAUGAAGAAGCCUGCAUCCGAUCCUCUCCCGUCGCAUGUCACCGGCUCUUCUCAAAUUCAAGCUAAUGAGAAUUCUAAUCGUAGCACAACGGAUGUGGACUCAGAGCAUUCAUCCCUUGACAUUGUGAGGAAGACUGAGAGCUUGAAUCGUAUACCACGAGGGUCUACGCUUCCGGUCGUUCUCCCUGGAUCACGCAAGCAGGCGGGUCGUCUGUCAGGGCUGUCCUCAGAAAUCUCCUUGGAUCCGAUUGAUGCACAAGCGGUCGAGCAGCAGGUGUCCCUCGAUACUCACCGGCUAAGCGAUGUGUCCCUGGGAAUUCCCCCUCAUCCUCUGGCCCACCCGCCGUCUCCUCCGAUGACCAUCCCAAAUACUCGAUCGAUCUCUUGCGCUACGCCCCUUAAUCCAAUCCUGUUUCCAACGCAACCUCUCACGCCCGAUCCCUCCCCCAGGAACGUUGCCGGUCAAGCAGACGGACGAGCUAUGGAUGUUGAGCAUGUAUCUGGUGAUGUACUCUCCCGCUCUGAGAAGAACCGCAAAACUCCUCAGCCAUUGAACGAUCCCAAACCCGACCAUGUACCCUUCGUUCUUUCUUGCGAAUCUCAUAUCCUGGCUCAGCAGCUGACCUUGGUGGAGAUGGCGGCAUUGAGCGAGGUGGACUGGCGGGAUUUGAUUGAAAUGCGUUGGAGCAGCGGCUCACCGUCGGCCCUCAGCUGGGUCCAGUUUCUCAGAGAAGGGGAAAGUCGGGGUAUUGACCUGGUAGUAGGCCGCUUCAAUUUGAUGGUCAAGUGGGUGCUAUCUGAAAUUGUUCUGACCCUCGAUUUACACGAGCGGGCUCGGACGAUAGCCAAAUUCAUCCAUACGGCAGUUCACGCCCGGAGGAUGUGUAACUACGCCACAAUGCUCCAGAUAGCGAUUGCUCUAUCAUCCACCGACUGCUCGAGACUCCAGAGCACAUGGGCCCUGGUUCCUCCUGCCGACAGGCACAUGCUGAAAGACAUGGAAUCUCUAAUUCAACCUAUUCGUAACUUUCAUGACCUCCGUGUGGAGAUGGAAACGGCGAAUGCUCAAGAUGGGUGCAUUCCGUUUGUUGGUCUCUACGUUCAUGACCUUACCUACAACGCACAAAAGCCAGCGCGAGUGACCACACACGAGGGUGAACCUCUGAUCAACUUUGAACGUUAUCGAACCACAGCCAAGAUAGUGAAGAGUCUUCUUCGCUUGAUAGAUGCAAGCACCAAGUACAAAUUUCAUCCGAUCCCUGGCAUCAUCGAACGUUGCCUGUGGAUCGCAUCGCUCUCCGAAGAGCAAGUCCAGCUGCGUAGCAAGCAGCUAGUUUGAACAACAUUUACGGCUCGACAUAUGACGAACCAUGUCGCUACACGAUCAACCUUUUAACGAGAUGAUACAAUUACUAAUUUGGGAGGACGGAUUGUUUUAUUGCAUGGAGCGCUCGUGAUCAUGUUGCGUCAGAUACCAAAUACCCCGAAUAUACCCUGGAUCGCGUUGGCGACGGACACAAUGGGUGCUAAAAUCUACUUGUCAUGUUUG